GCGGCCGACCGCGCCGGCGCUUGGCGCCCGGCCCCGCGACCGUGAAAUUGUUGAUGCCGGUUUCCAUGGCUUUCGGUUGCGCUGCCUGUUCGCUACAAUGUAGAUUAGAUCCAAGUCUUCCGCUUCCCGAUGAGUGAAAGUAAAGUGACUUGACACCCUCCAGUCCAUCCAAGAUGUCAGAGACUCCAUCUAACAUUGAGCGUCUUCCACUCGAGCAUCCUCUACCUGAUGAGAUACAGGAGAUGACUCGAGAUGAUACAGUCUGUAAGUUCUGUGGAGUUAGUUACCUCAUCCAUCAUGAAGUCAAGAGACUAGAAAAAGAGCUAGAGCGGGUGGAGGCAGAGCUGCAGAAAUACAAGGGAUGUGAGGAGAGGGAAAGGGUGCUAAAGAUAGAAGUAGAGAAACUGAAAACAAGUUUGUCGGAAAAAGAUAAGAUUCUUCAUGACAGGGAUACAAGCAUUGAGCAUCUGAAAUCUAAUAUCAAAGUCAAAGAAGAUGAACUAUGGAAAGCCAUACAGCAAGCUGAGGCAGCUCAGAGACAACUAGAAAGUGAGAAAGCUGCAAGUAACAAACUCAGAGCUUGGAGGAAGGACAUUCUUCAGAGGUUGCCUAUGAUCAAAGCUAAACUCUCAGAAGAGAAGCAGACUCUGGGGAAUGUGAAGUCUGAAUUCAGUGACUAUCAAAACAAGAUGGCCGCCAUCAAUAAGAAAAUCACCGGCGUCAUACAGAAAGUAUGCAAGAAAGAGAAGCAAGUGGUUGAUGGCAUCCUAUCAAGAGCCACUGAAGCAGAGAAACUCUCUUCCUCUCUCCAGUCUCAACUCACUGAUGCCCGCCAACAGAUGGCAGCAAACAGCACUCAGGGUCAAAGGUUACAAGAAGCCGAAGACAGAAUCAGGCAGAUGACAAACCGCUGCGCUGAGCUCGAGGCUAGAGAACAGAAAUCACAAGACGAGCUUCAGAAAGCUACAGUCGAGUUGAGAUCAGCCAAGUCAGAUAUUGUUCAGUUCAAAGAGGUUUUAAGAAAUAAGACCCAAGAAGUGGAGGACAGUCAGCGGCAGAGGGCCAAGCAUGAACAGUUCCUUAGCAACAGCAUCAACAAACUCCAGGAGGAGCUGCGUUGCCGGGCGGAGGAGGCCCAAGAUUACCAGAGGGAGCUCGGAGAGCUGAAGGAGCGCGAGGCGGAGCGGAAGAGGAAGGUGGAGAGCAGUCUAAACACGAAGAUCGAGGCAUCAGCAAGAGAACUGAGACAGCUAAAAGAGGCUUUGGAUAGUUCCAGGAGGGACUGCUCUGCAUUGAGAGAUGAAAGAGAAUCGAUGGUGGCGUCCCAUCAACAUCGGAUUGAACAACUCAAACAGAGCUUUGCUCAGAGGAUACAAGAAGCUGAUGGAUGGCCUGAAAGGUUGAAUGAAAGUUUAUCAAAGGAGAGGGAGAAGCAUGCAGAGGAGAUGGCUAGUCUUGAAGAAAAACUGCAAAAAUCAUUUCAAGUGGACUUGGAAAUUCAGAAGCAGAGAAAUGAUGAAUUGAUUUUGAAAUACAAGCAGGAACUCAGUAGUGCUGAAAAUAAGAUGAAAAACAACAUCCAACGCGAAAGAGACUCAUUGAAAGCUAGACUAGACAGUCUAGAGAGGGAGCUAUCUGAUUCUAAGAGGAUAUCCAAUGAUCAGGAAAAGGGACUGAGAGAAGAGAUUGAUAGCUUACAGAGGAUUACAAUGGAACUUAGGAAACAACUUGCUGAAGGAGAUAGUCGUAAUACGGGUGAGGUUCAGGCAAUGAGAGCCGAGCUACAGGAAGCAGAACAAGACCUGGCGUCAGCACAGAGAGAUAAACUUGAACUUCAGAAGAAAUUAGAUCAGAGCAAAGAAGAGGUUGCCUUUCUACAGGAGACCGUCCAUCGAGAGUGCGAGGAGCGGUUGGAGUUGACGGAAGCUCUCAGCAAGGCCAGGGAGCAGCUUCUUGUUCAUCAGAGGGGGACGUCCAUCGCAAACAGCACCAGCAGCGGACGAUCGCACUCCCAACUCAGCCUGGGCGGUAGCAGCUCCUCUCCCCACCAGCCGACCAGCCCCAUGGGGAAUCCCCCUAGUGGGAUGAGGAGGGGCAGUGGUGGAGGAGGGGGGCAGUCAGGGGGGAGUAAGGGGGUAAGGCAAGUAGGGUCGAGUGGGAGUGGGAGCUUGAAUGAUAGUAGAAAUCGGAUAGCUACGGUCCUAGGAAAGAAAGAACUCAAGAUUCAGAUUAAUCCAGGACAGUGAGCAUGGGUUAACCUAGGUAGGCUACAUGAUAUGAUGAUAAUAUCAAAUUACUGUGACUUUGAAACUUUGAAAAUAGACGAUAUUGGGUCAAUGACAUAUUACCUAUCUCAAUGUUGAAAACAUCAAGAAGCUUUAAAGUGCCAUCGGCUUGACGAAAUGAUGCGAUAUUUUAUCUUGCUAAGUCGACAUAAUCAUAUUAUUAUGUCAACAAGGCGAAAUAGACAUCUUGCCAAGUUGACAUACAGCUGUUAAUUAGUCGACUUGGCAUGAUAGUGUAUCUUGUUGCCACGUCAACAUACAAUUUUUUGUAGUUGACUUGGCUGAUAUUGUAUCUUUUCACGUUGCCAUACAACUUUUUAUAAGUUGACUUGUGUAUCUCACCAAGUCGACAUAUAACUCUUCUCUACAAUUUAGACAAGAAAUCUGCCUUCAAAUGUUAUAAAACAGAGACAUUCCAUUAUUCCCAUCCAACUCAAGAGGGUUCCAGGGUAAAAUGUAAAAUAUCAUGUCAGCUAGGAUGUUGAUGAAGCCAGGGCCUUGAAAUUCCUAAUCCUUGAACCUCAUUUGGAAUAGGUGAGCCAUGGUGCUGAGAAAGAAAGAACUCAGUUUUCAGGUUAAUUCUUGACUGAAGUGAGGAUGUUGGCAUAGCCUGGUGUCCUGAAAUUCUCAAUCCUUGGAGCAUCAGUAGAAAUAGGAUAUCCAUGGUGCUAGGGAAGAAAGAACUUAAGAUUAAUCCUGGAAAAGUGAUUGAAGUUCUGGGUGUAGCCUUGUGUCAAGAAAUUCUUAAACCAUGAAUGAUGGUAGGAAUAGGAUAGUCAUGAUGCUUUGAAAGAAUGAACUUAAGAUUUAGAUCAAUCCUGGACUCUGAAUGAGAAUGUUGGUGUAGCCUGGUGUCAUGAAAUUCUUAAACCCUGAAUGAUGGUAGAAAUAGGAUAGUCAUGCUUUGAAAGAAAAGACUUAAGAUUAAGAUAAACCCUGGACAAGUGAGUUAGGGUGGUGGUGUAGCCUGGGGUCAUGAAAUUCUCAAACCCUGCAUGAUGGUAGGAAUAGGAUUUUCAUGAUGCUAAGAAAGAUUGAACUUAAACGUCAGGUUAAUCCUUGACUGCGAGUGAGGAUGUUGGUGUAGCCUGGUCACAGCGGUAGGAGUAGGAUAGCUACAGUGCUAGGGAAGAAAGAACUUAAGAUUCACAUAUUCUGGACUAUGAAUGAGCAUGUUGGUAUAGCCCAAAGCUAUGAAAUUCUCAACCCCUAAACGAUGGUAGUAGUAGCAAAGCCAUGGUGCUUGGAAAGAAAGAACUUAUGAUUAAGAUUAAUCCUGGACAAGUGAGUUAGGGUGUCGGUGUAGCCCGGUGUCAUGAAAUUCUUAAACCCUGAUCGACGGUAGGAAUAGGAUGGCCAUGUUUUGGGGGAAAGAAAAGAGAUUAAGAUUGGGCAUUGAGCUAGGUUUUCAGUGGUUGAAAUAAAGUUAUCACUUUAUUUCAUUUUGUUAUAUUCAAAUUGUGGAAAAUUUAUACAUUGCACUAAACAUUUGGUGUAAUAGUUAUAAUAAUGAUAUCAGUUUAAUAGUAAUAUCAUCAUUUGCAUAUUUUAACUUCAGCUGGUGUGAUUAAAAAUGAUUCAGGGAUUAUCUCGACAAAGAACUCAUGUUUUGGUAAAGAAUCAUGAGUUUUUGAUCAACUUUCCAUCACAAAAAAUUUGCCAUAGUGACAAACUAUAAAGGAUCAAAUUGACUGAAUACUAGCCAAAUAGCUGGUGUAGUUUAAUUGUAGGUAGCAAAAAUGUAACAAGUGAGUAGUAAAAUACUCCCCAUUUCUUCCUCAUGCUGAGGUGCUUUUCCAUUCAUAAGAAAAUUUUAACAAUCACUAGAUUUGAGCCAUUUUCGGGUAAAACUUGAGAUUGUGGAAAAAGAAUCAUUUUUCUCAUCACAUCAGUCAGAUUGAUUUUUUCAUUGAUCAAAGAGGUGCUAUUCCUUAAAACAUAAACAGGAACUUUGGCUAAGUUUACCAGCAAUUGCUUGAGUAGCUAUAAUUUUUCCAUGGUAUGCCUUACAUUGGUUGGAGAGAUUUUGCCAUUCUUCAAUUCUUGAAAAAAAAAUCAUGAGAGACAUCAAUAGACAUGGCUGUCAUAUUAAUUCUUAAUGGGGGCAACCUCCAUUUUUAUGCUAAUAUUCAUACGUUCUCAGAUUUUACAGGGUAAAUCUAGUGGUUUUGCUUCAGAUAACAUGGUUGUAAAUUACCAAAAAGCAUUUUUCACCAAAAAUCAAUCAAAAUGUUGUAUGUAUUGGCUGUUGUAAUUUAUGCUUACAUUAGAGGAGCAAUGUCAUACAACUGAUAAAAAGCUUGAUACCAAAAAUGCAAAGUGCUUCACAAUAAAUUCACCAAAUGAUAUUGACUUGAUGGUCACUUGAAGAAUCGUUGACAGUUGAAUUUACAGAGGUGGUUCAGUUUUUAAUUUGCUAAUUUUUGGUGCAAAAUAUUUGAUAUUCUAGCCUUAAAAAGAAAACAAGUUAUUUAUUGAAAUGUGUUUGCUACAAGUGGUGCCAAAAUCCGUCCAAUUUUGUAUUAAAGCGCCCACCAUUCAUUGAAGCCAGAACAUUCUGAUCCGUCAAAGGUUUGGAGGGAUGAGCCAUGACUUGUCCCUCCAAUAAUUUGUCUUAGUACUACAUUUCCAAACUAUUGUAACCAAAGUGAUAUUGUCAUCAUCUGAAUUGUUUACAUGUACAUGUAAAUAGUGAUAUUAUCAAGGUAAUUUGAUUAGUAGGUGUUACACUUGGUGUAAACUGAUAUGUUAUUCUGUAGGUUAAUUGCCACUUGGUCCACACCCAUUUGGUGUGAUGAACCAUCUGAUCCUAGUUCAUCUGCAACCAGUUCGUCUACUCACCAGUUGUACUUUGUAUAAUUGCUUCUUCCCCUAUUUACCUCUUAGUCUUAUUACCAUGUAGGCUAUACACUCUUUUUCUAGUAUCCACUUGGUCUAACAGUACUAAGUCUAUAUAAUUAGAUGAACUGUUAGUCAACCAAAUUUUCAUUUGACAAACUGCAGAAUAAUUCAUAGACCAUCUGGGCAAUUAGACUAUAUGAAGUUAAGAUCAAGUGAUGUUUGGACCGGGCAGUAAUAUAACCAAAUUGAUAGUGGUCCAGCUGGAUUUAGCUAUAUUAGCCCAAAUUCUUGAAGGACUAACUUGGCCCAUGGGAUAAAAUGCAUCAUUUGAUGACAAUGGCACAUAGAGGCUAAAUUAGCCCAUGGGGCAUAGU